AUGAGUACAGACGACCGCACAUGCUAUUUUCCCGAAGGGGACACGGCAUCGGGCACCUACCCAUGCACGUCUGACGAUAUCACUCAUUGUUGUGGGAGUGGCGGAAUUUGCCUAACAAACGGAUUCUGUCUUGAUGUCUCUCAGCCCUUUGUUCUUUCCAGAGGAGGCUGCACAAGCAAGACAUGGGGAGAUGGAUGCCCAACUCAAUGCCAGGACGUGACCAAGUCAGAGGGCGCGUCAAUUAUAAACCUAUCGCUCAUUAACGGCACCUCAUUAUACUGUUGCGGUACACCUAUCUACAAUGGGACAGAGAUUGUUUGUCCAUACGGAGAUAGCUUCCAGUUGGCUGAUGCCGACAUCAUCAUCGGACGCGCCGCACUUGCCAAUGUCACGGAUUCGUCUUCGGACUCUACAAACUCAACUACAACUGUGACUGCUAACUCAACGACAACUGCCAACUCAACGACAUCUUCCGUAUCCCCUUCCUCGUCGGUAUCAGCAUCCAGCAACUCGCACGACGUUGCGAUCGGCGCAGGAGUAGGUGUUCCACUUGGGAUCAUUGCACUUGGUACGCUGGCCUGGGCGCUUUGGGAAAGAAGACGUGCGAACAAACUGAGCCAAUCCUUGGGCUCUAUGGGAGCUGGUCAUGGAGGCUAUGCCAGUGUCAGUAGCCCUUCAGCGACCAUGACCAAAAGCUCUGCGCCAACGGAGUUGGACUCUCAUCGGGCUAUACCUGAAUUGAUGUCAAGAGACUGA